GAUUUACUGGCCCACCCUUGUUACGUUACCCUGCUCGCCCUGCCAUGCGCCGGAUGAUUCGCGGCUAAAUUUCUCAAUCAAAUCGCGACUGUGAUUGUGAGAAGGCGGUUUCUGAUAGCACCUGCAGAAGGCAACAAUCAAAGCGACAGGUACCCGAUCCCAGAGACGUAUUCACGAUUGAAAAACGAUCGGCAAUCGACUGGACAACCAUCUCUUUUCUUUGCAUCUUGCAUCGACUUCGAUUUCCUUGAUCCAGGAGAUCCAUCAAUCGCCAAUUCAGCAAACUGGACGCGGUUGCUGAUUCGAAACGGGCCGCGACUCAGAACACCAUGUCGGACACCUCCUCGCAGGCUGCCUCACCGGCCGAACCUAACCAUCAGGAGGAGCAGCACGAUAGGCCUACAGAUAUACGCCAUGACCAUGCUGGCAAUGACUCCGACAAGGAAUCCGAUAUCCUCUCUGAAAUUGACGAAGACCAGUUCGAGGACUACGAUCCCACUCUCGAAGAGCGGCCCGUCGAGAUUGACGAGAAUGUUGCAAAGACUUUGAAGGCUGCCAAGCGCAAGCGGACCGAUGCCGAGACCGUGAAGAAGCCAAAAGAGGGCCGCAGGCCGAAGAAGCGAGCGCGGGCGACGGUUGAUGACGGUGGCGAUGUGGAGGACGGCGAGCGGAGACCCAGAAAGGCACGCGCUACCGGCGGUGAACGGCGGGCUGCGAGGAAGGAGGCUGAGCAAGAGGAGCAAGUAAAUGAAGAGAACCUCACGCCCGAGGAGCGGCGGCGCCGGGCAAUCCAGCGAGCUAUGGAUAACGCUCUGAAGAACCCGACGAAGCGCAGGCGCAAGAAGGACGAUAUCGACCUCGAGGAUGAGAUUGACGACCAAAUUGCGAACUUAAAGGUAGCGAUGGAGAAGGCUUGUUUGGCUGACAACGAGGCCCGCGAGAAGGGCAUGGCUGCCACCCACAAGCUCAAACUCCUCCCGCAAGUCACGGCCCUCCUCAACCGAACCUCCAUUCAAGACUCUGUUCUCGACCCCGAGACCAACCUGCUUCAGUCGGUCAAAUAUUUCCUCGAGCCAUUGAAUGACGGCAGUUUGCCGGCCUACAAUAUCCAGCGUGACAUUUUCAAUGCCCUCGCCAAGCUACCCAUCAACAAAGAGGUGCUUCUGAGCAGCGGUAUCGGCAAAGUCGUCUACUUCUAUACAAGAAGCAAACGACCCGAGCCCAGCAUCAAGCGCAUAGCCGAGCGCCUAGUCGGUGAAUGGAGCCGUCCAGUUUUGAAGCGGACGGACGACUACAAGAAACGGCAUAUUGAAACUCGCGACUUUGACUUCGCCGCCGCGAAGCUGGCCCAGCGCCAGGAAGCCGCCGUGUCCGGCUCGCAGAUGACACUGGCCCAGCGGCCCGCGGGCGGCAAGACGCGCUUCGAGCUGGAGCGCGAACGCCUGCUGGCACCCGAGAUCAAGAAGACUAACCGCGCCCUGCCCGCCGGCCUGCCCGCGAGCUACACCAUCGCCCCACGCAGCACGUUCGACGCGUCCCGCGGCGCGCCAGAGUUCCGGCCCGUCGGGUCUGCGGGCUUGGAAGCCUUCAGGAGGAUCACGCAGAAGGGGAAGGGAGGACGUCGCUAGCUGUGAUUGAGGGACUGUGAUGCGAGAGGGGGGGUUUUGCCGUAGGCAUUGUCUCAUAUGCUGAUGGAGAGCAAGCCACUGACGAAAUUGGGAUUUUAUUCUGCACAGAUUGGGCCGGCAGGCUUGGGUGUUUCAUGGAAGUAUGAUCCUACAUUCGGCACUGGCGGAUAUGGGGAUUCAUUUUUAGGACGGCCUUGGAAGCAGUAUCACUAGGGGGGCGUUGGCUCUCCUCCGUUGUCAGGGGGAAGGGUCCUCGUUUACCAUGGCAGGGCCCUCAGCGCCAUGUAAAAUGGAAACAAACAAUAUACGGAAUAAUGAGAGGAUCAGGCGGGCGGCACAGAAUGAGAUAUGCUUUUCAUUACCUCCACCGAGACAGUCAUGAGCGUAUGUCCAAGUUUCAACCAAGUACCGUCGGUAUAACCGACGGAUGAGCGAGAGUUGCCAAACCCAUGAAUGAUGGAUACAAGUAUUAUAGUCGGAUGAGAUACAUGU